CGAUAAUCUUAAACUUUCUUCAAACGAAUCAGCAGAAGAAAAGGAUAACACCGUUUCUAACGUUACUAUUGAAACCACUCUUCGGAAUAAAAGAUCUGAUAAUUUAUUACGUGAUUCCGACUAUGGUGAAAAAGCAACGUCAAGGGUGGAUAAUAAUAAACAUGGAGGUAAAUUCUUUGGAAAACAUCGCUCAAUUCCUUCUUUUUCAUCUAAAGAAAUUUCUAGUUCACAAGAAGAUAAUUCAACUAAACAGUCUAAUCAAAAAUUAAGAAGAAACAGUCAUUUAAGUAGAAAAAGUUCUAUACAUAGUAGAUCUUCGAGACAGUCUUCCGUCUCUUCUAAAUUUUCAGUUAACACUACUGCUACUGGCGUUAUAAUGGAAGAAGGAGACGAUGAUCCCAAUAAUCCUAAAUUUCGUAAUAAAUUUUUUACUACUUCAAAAAGAAGCACGCGGAAAUCUAACAAAUCCUUACAUUUUUUGAGAAAGUUAUGGAAAGCCAACCAUCAACAAAAUUUAUCUAGCAACGAGACUAUAGAACAAUAUUAUCAACAAAAUGGUGACG